AUGGACGACUGCAAAGAUAACGAAUCCGACCCUUCCAUCGAGCUACAGAGAAACGUUCACAACGCCCUAGUUGUGUUCGGACUCAUCGCAGAGAUGAUCCUUGUGGACAACCAUCUCCUGGAGUCGGUCAGCAUAAAUGACAUCUACAAAAGUGUGUACUCCCUGCUCAGGGGGAGGUAUGAAUCGAUACUGGAGGUUCUUCCACCUUGCGAUGAGCGUACUGUUUACAUCACUCCCGUGGAGAAUUCGCCCGAGGGGAAGGUCAGAAAAUCCCUACUAAAGGAAGGAAAGCCCUUGCUAGAGACACAGGAGCACAAGCCAAACGACACCAAAGACGGGGAGACCAAAGCAACAGAUGAAUCACCCCCACUGGCCGAACAGAUCAAAUUAAAAUUUUCGGAAAUAUUUUUAAGCCCAAUCAAGAGGAAGGCAAGAUUUCCCUACAGCGAUAAACUCAGUAACAUUAAAUAUGCCAUAGCUGGGUGCAUAUACAUGCAUGGGAAAAUAUGGGGCAAAAAUGUGUCCCUAAGGAAUGUAUUGAACGCAAUUGAUUUUAACCUCUUUUUGUUAAACAACGGGUUCUACACAGUUAAAUGUGGCACAUCUAAAAAAGAUGCAGAACAAUUGUCCGAUACUAUCAACCAAUUUGAACCCACUAAUAAGGAAAAUAUCUAUUAUGAAAAAGAACAAAGUUUAAAAAUGGAAAAAGUGUGUCUACGCGCCUUAUCAUUUAACCUCACAAGUAGCAUUUCAAAAUAUGCCCUACUAUAUGAACUUAUGUUUAUUACUAGAUCACCCUACAUUGUAAAUAAGUUUCUUAUUUCGGUUUUUAAUGAUGUCAUUUGUAUUCCAGAUUUAGAGAGUAGAUUUGACGACACCACCAUUAUCAUUUCGUGCAUGCUUUUCGUUAAUCAUUUUCUUUACCACAUCAAUCGACACGAUCAGUUGAGUUCUCAUCAUUUGGGAUUGAUAAAAAAAAACUACCUUUCUCAAGUGGAAAAAAUUGUGAAUAUAUUUCUCCUCCUGAAGAGAGGUAACCCAAACUCAGGCAUGAAGGAUGUUAUUUUUCUUACUAAGGAGAUUGUGCACUUGUAUUCUGUAACAUAUUGA